AUGCGCAUGGCGGUUAGUAAUGCAGCAGUUCUUCCGUCGGCCGGCGAUGCUAAAGACAAGGACGCCCUUACCGCCUCGACACCUGCACCUCCAGCUCCUAAGGUCGAACUGGUUCCGUUUUCGGACCUCUUCUAUUUCGCGGACGGCUUGGACUGGUUCUGCAUGUUCUUGGGCACCUUGAGUGCCUGUGCCACGGGUGUGGCCAUGCCUGUGUUCAUGAUCAUCUUCGGCUCAAUUUUGGACGAAAUCGGUACUGGUCAAGGUUCCUUCAAAGACACGAUCAAUCAACUCGCCCUCGCCAUGUCGGCGUUGGGAGCAGGGACCUUUCUGGUCUCCGCCUUCCAAGUUGCAUUCUUCGCCUACGCCUCGGCCCGCCAGACAGAAAGGCUCCGAGCCACGUUGUUGCGGUCCAUUCUGCGACAGUAA